AUGUGCGUUUGUAACCGAGAUUUGGCGGCAGCCUACUACUACUACUACUACUACUACUACUACUACUACUACUACUACUACUACUACUACUACUACUACUACUACUACUACUACUACUACUACUACUACUACUACUACUACUACUACUACUACUACUACUACUACUACUACUACUACUACUACUACUACUACUACUACUACUACUACUACUACUACUACUACUAA